GCUGACGGGAAGCAUAGUCCGCCGGCGGCUCCGGUGCUGGCGCCGGUCCCGCUCCUCCAUGGCGGCCGCGCGGCGGCUGCUCUCCCUGCUGCUGCCGCUGACCUGGGCCCGGCCCGCUGCCUGCGCCGACCCGCCGGGCGGCGGAUGGCUGGCGGGCUCGGUGCCGGAGGAGGAGCGGUGCACCGUGGAGCGGGCCGACGCUUCCCUCACCUACUCUCUCUUCCUGCAGCGGUACGGGCGGCCGCUGCCCCGGGGCGGGACGGGCAGGCACCGGAACCGGGGGUUCGCCUUCUCCCGCCCGGUCAUCCUCCGCGGAUUCACGGACAACUCGGCCUUCCGUGCCCUCUGCACCCGGGAGAAGCUGCUGGCGGCCUUCGGGGCCCUCCCGGUGCGGCUCAGCACGGCCAACACCUACUCCUACCGCAAAGUGGACGUGCCCUUCCAGGAGUACGUGGAGCAGCUGCUGAAGCCGCAGGAUCCAGCCCGGCUGGGCAGCGACACUCUCUACUUUUUCGGGGACAACAACUUCACCGAGUGGGGUUCCCUCUUCCAGCAGUACGUGCCCCCCCCGUUCCGCAUUCCGGGCACCAGCCCUGCCUACAGCUUUGGGAUCGCAGGCUCUGGCUCUGGUGUUCCCUUCCACUGGCACGGCCCCGGUUACUCCGAGGUGAUCUUUGGCAGGAAGCGCUGGUUUCUGUACCCACCGGAUAAAACGCCCCAUUUCCACCCCAACGAGACGACGCUGGCCUGGCUCCACCGCACGUACCCCGCGCUGCCGCCGGCUCAGCGCCCGCUGGAGUGCACCCUCCGCCCCGGCGAGGUCCUGUACUUUCCCGACCGCUGGUGGCACGCCACGCUCAACCUGGACACCAGCGUCUUCAUCUCCACCUUCCUGGGGUAGAGCCGGGAAGGACGAGGACGUGUCACCAUCGUCCCGGCCGAGGUGGCAGCUCCGGCUCCUGUCGCCGCCGGGGAAGGGCAGCGCCAGAUUUGCCCACUCAACUUACUGGUGUCGGGACCAAGUGCCUGAAGAAGUUCUGGGUUUUUUUUGUUUUUUUUUUUUACCGGUCUUUUCCCUCCCCUUUGGAUUAAAAUCGUUCUGCCAUAGUUCCUGGUGCGUUCCUCUAUCCCUGCCACCACCGGCACACAGGCAAACAUGCUCCUCGUGGAAUAGCACCUAUUCCCAAGCCAGGACAUGGCCUGCCCGGUGCGGAGAUCGCCGCCGCGAAAUACUCCAGCUCCUUUUCCGCAUUUAUUGCUGAAAUUUUUUUUUAUUAUUUUUAUAUAUAUAUUUAUUAUUUUUUUUUUUUUAAAAUCAACAUU